AUUUUAAAGAGCAGGAUAUAGAUGGUAUGUUUUGUAUUUCCACUAAUUAUGCCCUUUAACUGAUAAAUUUACUGUUAUCUGAGCACUUAACCUAUCACUAAUUUCUUGAAAGUAUUCGAAUUGUAAUGAUCUCAUUAAUAUUUUAAUUAUAUUGACCCAGUAACUUUUCAAGGUGGACAUUUAAAUUUUAUUUAGGUCAAUUUCUUUUUUCAGCACUCUGGCUAUGUCGCUUAAAAACCCAUAAAACUCCAGACAUUAUGGUGACAUUGAGAUCACUUACCAUAUGACCUUUAAAAAGUUUCGUGAAUGUUUCUACCUCUUCGCACGGUCUGGUCAGAUCACAUCGUUGGAUGAGUUGACGGUGGUGAUGAGGUCGCUUGGGAUGAGCCCUACUAUCCAGGAGCUUACUGGUUAUUUGAAAGGCAAAGGUGGCAAGAUGUCGUUUGCCGACUUCCUUGAAGUGAUGCAUAUCCAUUCACGAGCCGAAAAUCUUCCUAUCGAGGUAGUGAACGCAUUCAAGGCAGGUGAUGGCAACAAAGGGGGUGUAAUUCCGGCGCGACAACUACGCAACUUGCUGCAAAACUGGGGCGAAGGGUUGUCUGCUAGAGAGGUUGACAACAUAUUCCGCGAAGCGAACGUAUCAAACAACGGCACAGUGCGCUACGAAGACUUUGUGAAGAUCGCCUGCGCUCCCGUGCCUGAUUACUAUUGAUUUGUAUCUGAAUAGAGGUGCUGACGGGGUACAGUAAACGAAAU